UCUCCUGCCGAAUUCCUCCAGCACGUUGUGCGUGUUAUUUAAAGAAACAUUGCAUUAUCAUACACUCCGGAAGCCGGUCCCUUGCAGUGAACAUGGCGCCAGUGAAGAUUGGAAUUAUUGGUGGCUCAGGACUGUGUGACCUGGAUAUUUUGGAGGAAAAAUGUGAGAAAAAUGUGGAUACACCAUUUGGAAAGCCUUCAGAUGUUCUUGUAGUGGGAAAGAUCAAAAAGGUUGAUUGUGUUCUCCUUGCAAGACAUGGGAAGAGACAUUCCAUUAUGCCGUCAAAUGUCAACUACCGAGCAAACAUCUGGGCAUUAAAGAAUGAAGGGUGUACCCAUAUUAUUGCCACAACAGCCUGUGGUUCGUUGCAAGAAGAAAUCCAGCCUGGUGAUAUUGUCAUUCUCGAUCAGUUUAUUGAUAGAACAACAAAGAGGCAUCAGACAUUUUAUGAUGGGAAUUCAACUAGUCCCACUGGAAUUUGUCACAUUUCAGUGGCAGACCCAUUCUGUAAGAGAAGCAGAGAGGUGUUAAUAGACGUUGUAAAAAAACUGGGUAUUAAGCACCAUGCAAAGGGAACAGUGGUUACCAUUGAAGGACCCCGUUUCUCCUCUCGAGCUGAGAGCCAGAUGUUCCGUCAGUGGCAUGGUGAUGUGAUCAACAUGACCACAGUUCCUGAAGUUGUGCUGGCUAACGAAGCGGGCAUCAGUUAUGUUAGCAUUGCCAUGGCCACUGACUAUGACUGCUGGAAGGAAAAUGAAGAGGCGGUAUCUGUUGAAAAGGUUCUCAAAAUAAUGAAGGAGAAUGCAAACAAGGCAUUGACAAUAAUUCUUGCUGCAGUUCAACAAAUUGCAUCCAUGGAUUGGUCUGAAAGCAUCAAGAAUUUGAAAGCUGCUCAAGAAGCAUCAGUUAUGCUGCCAAAGCAUUGAAACUCCAGUGACUGAAGAAAGUCCCAUUGCUCAAGAAUAGUUGGCAUUCACAGAAGAACAAAGAAAUGCAAUAGAAUCAAUGAAAAUGACACACAAACUAGGACUGGCAAGCAACCAAUGUGCAAAAGAAAACAAACUCUGCAAAGGCAAUCAAUCAAUCAAUCAGUCAAUCAAUAAAUAACUGAAAACGUGAGUUGUUGAGUCCUUGAAAGUGAAUCCAUAGGCUGUGUUCAGUGACACCAGGAAACGUAGAUCUUUUACCUGAUUUUACCUUUGAAUCCCAAGUUUCCUUUAGUAUUAUCGAGCAUAAAUUUGGUGUUAAUUUGAAAUGGAGAUGAGGAUUUUAACUCAGCAAGCUAAGAGGAUCUAGACUGUUGCCUGAGAAGGUGGUGGAAGCAAGAAAAACUACAUUUAUGCAUGUUUAAGAAGGAUAUAGAAAGAAUCAAGAACUCAGCAGGUCAGGCAGCAUCUAUAGAAAGGAAUAAACAGUCGACGUACUAUUCCUUUCCACAGACUGUGCCUGACCUGCUGAGCUCGUCCAGCAUUUUGUAUGUGUUACUCUGGAUUUCCGGCAUCUUCAGAAUCUCUUGCUUUUACUGUCUCUACCUAUCCAGUCCCUGCAUGACUCAAGCCCAUUAGUCCCAGCAAAAUUCUUGACAAUAUUUUCUACACCUUUUCCAGUGUAAUGCCAUCGUUUUUAUAGGUAGGGACCAGAAAUAAAAUAGGAGCAGGAGUUGGCCCUUUGGCCCGUUGAGCCUGCUCCACCAUUCAAUAAGAUCACGGCUGAUCUGGCCAUGGGCUCAUUUCCAACUACCUGCCUUUACCCCAUAACCCUUAAUUCCCCUACUAUGCAAAAUUCUAACCAACCUUGUCUUAAAUAUAUUCAUUGAGGUAGCCUCCACUGCUUCAUUGGGCAGAGAAUUCCACAGAUUCACCACUCUCUGGAAAAAGCAGUUCCUCCUCAUCUGUCCUAAAUCUACUCCUCAAAUGUUGAGGCUAGGUCCCUUAGUUCUAGUGUCACCUACCAGUGGAAACAACUUUCCUGCCUCUAUCUUAUUUAUCCCUUUUAUAAUUUUAUAUGUUUCUAUAAGAUCUCCUCUCAUUCUUCUGAAUUCCAGUGAGUACAGUCCCCGGCAAUUUAAUUUCUCCUCAUAGUCUAACCCCCUCUCCAAAGCCAGUAUAUCCUUCCUCAAAUAAAGAGACCAGAAUUGCACACAGUACUCCAGGUGUGGUCUCACCAGUAGCCUGUACAGUUACCGCAUAACCUCCCUGCUCUUAAAUUCAAUGCCUUUAGCAAUGAAGGCCAACAUUCCAUUUGCCUUCUUGAUAGUCUGCUACACCUGCAAACCAACCUUUUGUGAUUCAUACACAAGCACUCCCAAGCCCCUCUGCACAGCAGGAUGCUGCCAUCUUUUACUAUUUAAAUAAUAAUCUGCUCUUUACUUUUUCCUUCCAAAGUGGGUGACCUCGCAUUUACCAAUAUCGUACUCCAUCUGCCAGACCCUUGCCCACUCAUUUAACCUUUCUGUACCUCUCUGCAGACUCUGUGCAAUUUGCUUUUCCACUCAAUUAGUAUCAUCAGCAAACUUAGAUGCACUACACUCGGUCCCCUCUUCCAGAUUGUUAAUGUAUAUCGUGAACAGUUGUAGGCCCAGCACCAACCCCUGUGGCACACCACUCACCACGGAUUGCCAACCAGAGUAACACCCAUGUAUCCCAACUCUAUGCAUCCUUAUCUUAUGGAUAAGUCUUUUAUGCGGCACCUUAUCGGAUGCCUUCUAGAAAUUCAACUAAAUAACAUUCAUCUGUUCCCCUCUAUCCACUGCCCUUGUUAUAUCCUCAAAGUACUCCAGUAAGUUUGUCAAACAGGACCUGCCUUUGCUGAAUCCAUGUUGCAUCUGCCUGAUGGAUCCAUUUCUUUCCAGAUGCCUCGCUAUUUCUUCUUUAAUUAUAGCUUUAAGCAUUUUCCCAACUACAGAUUUUAACUAACUGGCCUUUUAACUGCCUUUUGUCUACAUCCUUUUUUGAACAGUGGUGUGACAUUCAUCGUCUUCCAAUCCGCCGGGACCUGCCCAAAGUCCAGAGAAUUUUUUGUAAAUUAUCACUAAAUCCUCUACUAUAUAACUUCUGCCAUUUCUUUCAGUACCCUGGAAAGCAUUCCAUCAGGACCAGGGGACUUACCUAUCUUCUUUGCUCAGCACUACCUCUUUAGCGAUAGCUAUUGCAUCGAGGUCCUCACCUUCCAUCGCAUCCAUAACAUCUCACUUUGGCAUAUUAGACAUGUCCUCCACCGUGAAGACCAACACAAAAUAGUCAUUCAAAGCUUCUGUCAUUUUCUCAUAACCCAUUAUCAAUUCCCCCUUCUCGUCCUCCAAGGGACCUAUGUUCACUUUAGGCACCCUUUUCCACUUAAUAUAAUUAUUAAAACUUUUACUAUCCGCUUUUAUAUUUUGUGAUAGUUUAUUUUCAAUAUCUAGCUUCCCUUUCUUUCUUGCUCACUUAGUGCUUUUUUUGUUGCUUUUUAAGGUUUCCCAAUCUUCCAUUUUCCCACUACUCUUGGCAACUUUGUAUGUAUGAGCUUUUAGUUUGAUGCCUUCUUUUACUUCCUUAGUUAUCCAAGGCUGGCUCUCCCCACUCUUAUUGUCCUUGCUUUUAACUGGGAUGUACUUUCGUUGAGCACCAUAAUAAAUCUCUUUGAAAGUCUCCCACUGUUCCUCAACCGUCCCACCAUAUAGCCUGUGUUCCCAGUCUACACGAGCCAAAUCCUGCCUCAUCCCAUUGUAGUCUCCAUUUUUUAGGCAUGAUAUACUGAUUUUAGAUCGAAUUAUUGCAUCGUCUAUUCGUAUGAGAAAUUCAACCCUAAUGUGAUUACACUUUCCAAGAGGAUCCCUAACUACAAGAUCACUAAUUUUACCUGUCUCAUUGCACAGGACCAUAUCUAAGAUACACAUUCUCUUGUAGGUUCAGUAACAUGCUGUUCAAGAAAGCCAUCACGGAUGCAUUCUAUGAAGUACUCCUCAAGACUGCCUCGACCAACUUGAUUCACCCAAUCUAUGUGCAAGUUAAAGCCCCCCAUUAUAACUGCUGCUACAUUCUUAAGUGCCUCAGAUAUUUCUCUGUCUAUUGCCCCUGCCACUGUAAUGUUAUUAUUUGGUGGCUGAUAAACAACUCACACCAGUGAUUUUUUUCCCUUUACUAUUCCUAAUCUCUACCCUGAUGGAUUCAACAUUCUGCUCCUUAGAUCUUAUAUCGUCUCUCACUAUUGCCCUGAACUCAUCUUUAAUUAAGAGCGCUACCCCACCUCCCUUACCUUUCUGUCUAUCCUUCCGUAUUAUCUAUGAUAUCCUUGGAUAUUUAAUUCUCAAUCCUCUCCACUCUACAACCUCGACUCUGUAAUGGCCACUAAAUCAUAUCCCUUUUUACUGAUCUGUGCCACAAGUUCACUGACCUUGUUUUGAAUACUAUGGGCAUUCAAAUAAAGUGCCCUUACAUCAUUGUGCUUUUAAAAUCUUGUAAUCUUUUACCCUUGCACUGACUUUUCUUCACUGCACUCUUACUUUUUUUUAUCUUUUGCUUUUUCUUUAUCCACACUUCUCUGUUUUACUUUAUCCAUACUCCUCCACGCUAUCGAACCAAAUGCAUACAGUAUUCCAGCUGUGGCCUCACUAACAUCCAAUACAAAUGUAACAGGAUAUUCCAACACUUUUACUUAAUGUCGGCCAUGUUAGCAACUCAUUAAGGAGAAUGAAAACUCUGAUCUCAAACCUCCACUACCUUGUGGCUAUACCCACUCUUGGGGAAGGCUUCGGGAGUAAACCCGGAGGAAGACUCCAGAGCUGGAGUCCGUAAGGCAGUCCUACAUUGAAUGAAACACUGAACUGGCAAUUUCUAUAACGCCACUGGUACCAAGCUUUAUCGGUCUCUGCCAUUCCGUUGUAUUCAUCAGUUUGGAUAUUAUACUGCCCUGGUAUCACGUAGACAGCUAGGAUGCAAUAUCCAUGGUGACCCCAACCAAAGGAGGCCUUCGUUGUACUCAAUACUCCGUCCAUGUUAGCCAUUUGCCUCCUUCACCACUUUGUCGGUCUGUGCUACCUCUUUCAGGGAACUAUGUACUUGCACUCCUAGGAUUCUCUGCUCUAUAAGACUCCCCAGUUAUUUAUUGUACUCCUCUCUGGCUUUUCCCAAAAGGCAUCAUUUCACACUUGUCUGAGUUAAAUUCCAUUUGCCAUGCAUUCGCUCACUUUCACAAUUAAUCUAGGUCCUGCUAUAAUCUUAGACAACCUUCUGAUGUCUGCUGAUGUCAUCUGUCAACAUGCUAAUUCUUCGACCUACUCUUUCAUACAAAUUGAUAAUAUGUAUUGCAACCAACACCAAUCCCACUGAAAUAUUUUCAGGCCUAGGGGUUUGAUUGGGUGAGUAGGGUGGGAAUGAGAUUGAUUAAGUAACUUUGAAAGAUUUAACAAAGGAGUGAUUGACUGACUGCAGUUUUUGGAAUUGUUCUUAAUAUAAGACAUUAAUGUGUGUGGUAUUUUUAUCAGCCUUGAUCUAUUACUUGCUUUGUUUUGCUUGUAUGGAUAAACUCCUUCUGUUACAACUUCUGCUGUACACUUAAGCCAUGGAAAAAUAAAUGUUUAAAGAUCAUUGUCAUCUUCAAUUUACAUCAGAGU